UCGAAUUCAAUUUGCUGUGUAGCGCCCCCUAUCUUGACAAAAUAUAAUGGCGGGUUAUUCAACAAACGGCGAAUUUUUGAAAGAAAUAACAAAUGUUCAGCGAUUGAUACAUGAAUUUUCAAGUGAUAAUGGAACACCAAGAAUGUCCCCAUAUGUUGACAGGUUUCUGAGUGACAGUAUGAAGAGCUCAAGAAACAUUGACAAUUGUCAGAAUAUGGUUGAGAAAUUAAAAAAAGAAAUUUCUAGCCUGGAGUCUGAUCUGGAAUCACAGAGUGAGUCACUGCUUGGAUUUUCCAAUACUGAGCUUGACCAGAUUCAAGAAAUGUUGAAAUUGGUUGAAAGAAAACAUGGGUUUCAAACCGUAAGUUUACCGCCAAAGCCAUUUGAUAAAUCCAUGAUGGUGUCACUGACAGGCAUCCACUUUGAUGACUUUACACGGAGGCCUAUUGGACAGGAGGAUGGCAGAAUCGUAGUCAGACAACAUCUCCUGGGUCAUUGCCAUCACAUGCAGUUUGAGGUUGUCUUUGAUGUCGAGGAGGUACAGACUGUUACUAGACUCCCAGGAAAAGCAACGACAGUCUCCAACAAAACAAUAGUUAUUACACACUUGCAAAUUAAAGUAGAUCCACAGAUUGAAGAAAAUCUUAGAGAGUUCAUCAACAAGUGUGAGAGGAGAUUGAAUUUGCAACCUUUCCUGAGAACGUACUCUAAAUAUGCUGAAUGGUUUCAACAUCGACGGAGAACUUAUGGCCAUUUCAAGGAGGCUUACCACAAGGAAGUGUGCCUGCCUGCUGGGAGCACAGGACCACUACUUGAGUUCAGCCGGCCAGGUCAGACGAGAAUUGUGUUCCUGCUAAGUUGGGUCAUCCACAUAGAUGAGGAUGAUGAGGUCCACCAGAUAAUUGACCUAGUUCCCAAAGCAUCUUUAUCAGUGCAUGAUUUGGAUGAUGAAGGCUUGUUAAAGAGUGUUCCUGAAAAGUUUCUUUUGAUGGUUAAAACACUCGGUCUGGAACACGCCCUCAAAAGCUUGAUUGAAAGUGUGUGUAAGAUUGAUACUACAACAACCACAUGAGAAAAAUCCUUUUCUUGGAAGAAUCUUGAAUAUUGGGACACUUGUUCAUAAUUGGACCAGAGGGCAACAGAAUUUGUGAGGGAAAUCUGGGAAGUCCUUUGGGAGUGCCUUUGUUCUGCCUUGGAAAUACAGCACACCUGUAUAUCUAUCAAUGGAAAAUCUUAACCAUUAUCAAAUAC